AUGUCGCUAAGUUAACUGUCGAGCAAACAAGGCAUAAAUUACGCAAGUAUCCUAUUUAAUAAUUAGUCAUAGAGAACUCAGACACAAGAAAUCUCCAAAUGAUUAAUAGUCAUUUGGUUUAUCCGAAUACUUUAAUAAGGAUAACUUAUUAAAAUAGGGAACUUUUUAAUAAAGAAGAAACCCGAGUAUAGACUCUCAGAAUCAAAGAGCAAAAUCAUCUCUUGAAAAUAAUUAAAAUUCUUAUCGACAAAUUACACUACUACAUGAUAGAGAUGAGUUGGAUGAAGAUAAAUUGUUUGAGCAAUUUUUUAAACUAAAUAAUUCCAGAGCUGAUUAUAUGAAAGAAUCUAUUUAAAGGGAUAAAAAUAAUAAAUACCAAGAAGAAAGAGAAUUUCUAAAUUUUGUUGAAAAUGCUAUUGAAUAUCAUAAGUAAUCAGAAGUUCGAUUUUUUAGACCUUCUUCAAAUAAUAAAUGUACUCAUCUGGAAUAAAAAUUAAAAGAAGCAACCUUAUCAAAUAGAUUACUAGCGAAUUAGUUAAAUUAAUAAAAAUAAAAGGAAAUUGAACUUAAGCAUAGGAUGAAAUUGAUGCAUAAAGAAUUUUCCAUUUAAUUUAGUAGAUAAAUACAAUAAAAUACAUGGUUAUAAGAGCUAUUGGCUAAAUUAAAGAUUGAUAAUCAAAAUUCAUUAUUGGCUGCGAAAAAAACAGUGGAAAUGCUAUAAAUUAAGUGCAAAUGUUAAAAAGGGAAUUAAUUAUGCGAUAAGAUCCUCAGAGAUGUAAAGUAUUAGGAAAAAAUACGCUAGCAAUAUGAUUGGGAAUAAGAUUCACAGAAUGCUUAAUCUUCAUCAGAAUUGAAUCAUGAUACUCAGGAGUGUGAAUAAACAAAUGAAAUAAAUUUUUAAUUGUAUGAAAAAAACAGAAGGAAAUCAAUUUCUAAGGUUUAACUUAAUUCAAUUCAAUCGACUGAAGACCAAUAAGAUUAGUUAGUUCAGAGUUAUAUUCAAGGUACGACCAAACAUUUGAGAGAAUAUCCUAAAGAUUUAUUUUUAAAGAAAAGAUAAUUUUAAGAGACUUAUUAUAUAGAGGAAGAAAAUACAAUCAGCAGUAAUUGA